UUUACACUUCCUGUUUGACACGUUUUACCAGGUGUGCUAUAGUGUGAAUACCAGGUAAUUCGACCUCCCCUGGUCUCAUUUUACAACAGUACUCAGGUAUGAAGAGAAAUUCAGCACAGUCCUGAGAAAGGAGGGAUUCUUCAGCACUUUAGGGGGGAAAAACAUCAUUACACACAAACACCUGUAAAAAGGACAGUGGAAGAGGAAACACUGGAAACGAGGAAAGACUGGGAUAAUAGUGGCGGGAUAAUGUUCCAGCAUGUGAUUUAACCUGGAGGAGAUUCUUCUACUGCGGUUCGACAAAUGGAUGUUAGAUUCUAAUGUGGCAUUUUAGGCUCUGGGAUGUACAAGGUGUUGCUGUGUUUCUCAGCGUCACAUUAUAUCUGUGUCACCUAGUGGGAGCCAUCUCCAUCCAUUCUCCCCAGAGGAGCCUCACCAGGUCUGUGCAGGAGGAUGUCAUUUUCUCAGUCAAUAUUUCCUGCGACGGGGUCCCCACCAUACAAUGGACUUUUAUGUCAGCAGCGGUGAGCCGCUCCAUAGGGACGUGGCAGCCGGGGGUGUACACCAACAUAACAGAGGACUACAGCAGCAGAGUGGAGAUGUACAACAAUGGCUCUAUGGGCCUGUCAGACCUUAGAUUGCAGGAUGCUGGAUACUAUGUGGUCACCGUCACAGAAACGGCAGGAAGCAGCAAGGACACCGGGUUUGUGCUGAAAGUGAACGAGGUGUUGUAUGAGGAUCUGCAGUACCUGUCUAUCACUGCCUUGGCGCUGGCUUGUGUGGCUUUUCUUCUCAUACUGGGGCUGUGGCUACUGGACAAGGCCUACAGGAGGAUAGUGGCAUGCAGACGCAGGAAACAGAUGCCAGAAAAUGAUGAGACGGAGCUGCAUCCUCUUUGAUGGACGUCUAGCUGUGCUUCGUAUCUGGCAUGAAAACAAGCCAGACACGGUCAGAAACGUGUCAGUGCUGCAGCACAAGGACUACUUUUUAGAAUGUAAAUGUCAUGUACCUACAUACAGUAAAAUAACUGGGAAGGCGGCUUGUCAGUUAUGAAAAACUGUAACAAGAAAACAUUGAGUACAUGAUACACUGCAAUAGCUCACUCCUGAUGACACUGUUGAAUGUAAAUAUAUCACUGGAAAACAGUACAUAUGUAUUUAUUGCCUUGUAGGAUUUUUUUUAAUGACU